UAUGAUUACGCUCCCUUUAACAAUCACAGUCGAGAUCGGAAGUGAAAAAAUGGUGAAAAGAAUUAGGAUCAGAUUGAAAUAGAUUAAAAUCCCCCUUCAGUGGCCCGGGUGCUCUGUGAAGGUGAGGGGCGUGUCCCGCAGAGGCGUGGCUGUGCGCCGGGAUAACAACAAGCAGCAACGCGGGUGCAACCGGUGCUGUUUGGAUUCACUUUGGGAACGAUUGGACACGAGUCAACUCUGAGCAUGAAAGCUUUAACUUCACCAGAGUCUCACAGGCCAAGGAGUAUGAGGAGGGUCCCUAAACCUCUGAUGGAGAAACGAAGACGGGAGCGGAUCAAUCAAAGUCUGGAGACAUUGCGACUUCUGAUGCUGGACAACACACAGGACGAGAAACUGAAAAAUCCAAAGGUGGAGAAGGCGGAGAUCCUGGAUAGUGUGGUGAAUUUCCUCAAGAUGGAGAAGGAUCGCCGUUCCACGUCCGGGGAGCAGAAACCCAAAUCUACCCCCCAGCACAGCUUUCAAAACGGCAUGAGGUCCUGUCUGCUGAGGGUCAGCCGCUUCAUAGCCAGCAAGAGCCAGGAGUUGGAGGACACCGGGGAGGCCGCGAAUCAGGCUUCUCUCCCGCUUCCCGAUCCGCAGACACAUCCAUCAUCACCUGGAAACAUCCACAUGGCGCAGGCCUCUCAGAAUCUGGAGCAGCAACACUGCCAGCGUACUGGCCUCCACUGUGACACCAGGGAGCUGCUCUCCCCCCUGGCCGCCUUUACGCACAUAAGCGAUCCUGUGUGGAGACCCUGGCCUCAGUGACAUUGUACUUAGAAGUAGAAAUAUACGCCCACAGACUGUUAAUAUGUAUUCCCGCUUGACUUAUUGUGUAUAGUGAAGAUAUUUUCCAUGAAAACUCAAUAUUUCUCCACCUCCGUGUGGUGUUUUUUCUUUAGG